GCUACGUUCUUGUUAUUGCGAAAGCCGAAACACAGCAUGUAAAAUAUGGCGGUGAAAUCAAGUAAACGUACAAAUAAAAGUGGGUCCGAAAACGUUUCAUCUAAAGGAUGGAAAAUCUAUAUGACAGUCGCCGCAGUCUUUAUCAUAACGUUCAUUUACUACGUUUGUCUCAAAUUGUGCUUCAUUAUGCAGAAGACCAAACCGACUAGUUCGCAGACUUGGUGGCAAAUGGGACUUUUUUCUCACAGUAAUGAAGAGGCAUCCUUCAUGAGUAAAAUAACAAAGAAGGAGUUUUAUCAUUUAUUUGCGGUAGCAAUACUUGAGGACUUAGACUGUGUAUGGUCCGCGUUAUUGACACAAAUAAACCAAAUUAUUGAACGUUUCCAACCAUUUCUUGAAAACCAGAAUGUAUUUGUAUUUACAGUAACAGCGUUUCUAAUCAUACUGAGUUGUUAUGUAUAUUUUAAAGUUUAUAAAUUGCCUUCAAAUAACCAUACGAAACAAGCAAGGAAAUGUGGGCCAUCUAGAAAAGAUGCUAAACUAGAUGGACAAUACAGUGAAAACCGUAAGAAUGACGGAGAAAACGUUCAGUGUAGUCACAGUCACUGUAGAACACCCUAUUGGAAAGUGUUGACUGGUAUACUGUUCUUGUGUUUUCUGCUGAGUAUCCCAUGGGAGUUUGUACGUGUGUACCAGUCCAUGGUGGCGGAGAAAGUCACACAGAUGACUAUAGGCAUUCCAGCUGAGUGUGUCCCAGAGAGGAUGUCCCUGCUGCAGACCCUGCAGUCAUGGUUACGGUGGCACCUGUCCUGGAGCCAAGACCCCUGUCUACAGUACCACAAGUCACUGCUCAUCGACCCACUGUGGCAGGUUCCACCCCUGCUGGUGAUAUCCUCUGUGCUCUCUCACUGCAUUGUUCAUCCAGUCGAAGUCAUUUUGGGAGGGCUGGGGAGAAGUUUCCGUCUGUUUUUCAGCGAGAUUCCAGGGCCAUGGCAACCUGUGAUGUUGUUCGUCAUCGUCAUAUUUGCCCUGUUAAUAGUGACCAUGUGUUUUGGAUAUCGAAUACAUUUGCCGUUCUUAUUAAAAAUCGAGCCCAGGACUCCAGUGUUUCUCAAAGUGAAGGGAAAGAAAAGGCCAGUUGAAGUGCAUGACAAGAAAAGGACACUGGACUUGUCGAUUGAGUCCAGUCAGGAUGUGGAGACUCAGUCAUCUGUGGACACAUGUGGGUCUUUGGACUUCCAAUGGACAUGUACACAGGGCAGCCAGAGCCAGUGACAAUCAAGAAAUGUCUUACUGUAGCUCGAUUUGUUGUUCUCGGCUUAGGUACUACUAAUAAGUACCCCGUGUCCACUAAGGUAUACUACAAAGUACCCAAGUAACAAAAAAAAACACUCAAAGUUCCCUGGAGUAUUAAUGGGUUCCUUUAAGUGUAUUUUUUCAUACCAGGGUACAUUGUAGUAUACCUAAAAGUACUUGGUGUACCGGUACUUUAAAUAGUACCUGAGCCGACAAUGACAAAUUGAGUCUUGAGUGUACUGAGUGCUGCUGUUUAUGCUUUUAAGGUUGUUAUAGUGUCGUUCAUUCUUUGUCCGUUAAAUGUGUCUAUUGAAUUAGGAACAUUGAGUCAUUCAUAUGUUCAAACUCUUGGUAUACCGCAAUUAAUUAACAGGGUAUUAGUUAAUGGUAUUAUUUUAUUAUUUUUUAAAUGAAAUCUAUCACAUAUCUUGCAUACUGUUGAACAUUUAUGAUUUAGUGAAAACAUCAUGUCAGAAUUCAAGAUGUGGUGGUGAAAGACCUUUUUUAGUUUUAAGUUUUUAAUGUUUUUGUUAUUGUGCCUAAUUUUAUUUGCAUAUAUUGUUGAUGGAUGACUUGUAAAUGUGAUGUCUCUUUAAGAGUUGAAGUGACUUUUGUUCACAGAUCUUUUAGUUCCUUUUGUUUUCCAUGUUUUUUAGCUCACCUGAGCACAAGGUGCUCAUGGUGAGCUUUUGUGAUCGCCUUUUGUCCGUCGUGCGUCGUGCGCCGUCAAAAUUUGCCUUGUAUACACUCUAGAGGCAACAUUUAUUGUCUGAACUUCAUGAAACUUGUUCAGAAUAUUGGUCCCAUUGACACCUCGACUGAGUUUGAAACUGGGUCAUGCUGGGUCAAAAACUAGGUCACUUGGUCAAAAAAAAGAAAAACCUUGUGAACACUGUAGAUGUCACAUUUGAUGCCCAAUCUUCAUGUCACUUUGUCAAAAUGUUUGUCUAAAUGAUAUGUGUAUUGAGUUCAAAAAUGGUUCCGGUCCCUUGAAAAACAUGGCCGCCAGGGGGCGGGGCAGUAUUCCUUAUAUGGCUAUAGAGAAACCUUAUGAACACUCUAGAAGUCACAACUUUUGCCCAAUCAUCAUGAAACUUGGUUGAAACAUUGGUUUUACUGAUAUCUCGGACGAGUUUGAAAAUUUCCAGAUCUGUGAAAAAACAUGGCCACCAGGGGGCGGAGCAGUUUUCUCUAAAUGUAUAUAGUGAAAACAUGUGAACACUCUAGAAGUCACAUUUUUGGUCCAAUCUUAAUGAAAUUUGGUCAGAUUAUGUGUUUUCUGGAUAUGAAGGUUGAGUUCGAAAAUGGUUCGGAUCGGUAAAAAAGCAUGGCCGCCAGGGGGGGGGGUCAUUUGCCUUAUAUUUAUAUAGUAAAAAAGCUUGUGAACACUCUAGAAGUCACAUUUUUGCCUAAUCAUCAUAAAUUUUUUUCUAAACAUCAAUUUUAUAGAUAUCUCUGAUGCGUUCGAAAAUGGUCAUGAUUGGUGGAAAAACAUAGCCGCCAGGGGAUGGGGCAGUUUUCUCUAUAUGUAUAUAGUGAAAACAUGUGAACAGUCUUGUUGUGAUAAGCCAUAAUGUUAAAGAAAGAUAGUCUGUACAUACUUUCUAAUAGUUAACUCCCUUGUAUAAACCUGGGACUUCUUUCAUAAAAUGUGGUGUACAUAAAGACAGUUUGCAUGCAAAUUAAUAAACCUAUUGUUUCUAUGUCAUAAAAUAACUGUACAUUUACUAAUUGCACUGUAGAGCCUUAUCUUUGAUCUUUACUGAUAAGCCAAUUUAACCUACUGUGUUUGGAUGUAUUGAUUGAACAUCUUCUAAGAUCAAUUGGAUUGGGAAAAUCAAUUAUCUCAGCAGAAAACUGUGCUAUGAAACUGUUUCCAUGGCAACCUUGUUAUUAGACAUUUUCUAAAUUAGAAAGACUCUUUUGAUUGAAAUAACUUUUGUAAAUUAUUCUUAUUUUUUACAUUUGAAUCACUGGAGCUUUCCACUCUCCAUAAAUUGUGUUCUUUUGAUUAAGUUAGACUUCUUUUAUAAACUAAAUUUUUGAAGCAACUUCUAGACUAACAGUACUAAUAUUUAUAUCAGUUUUUUGACAACUUCUUUUUACAUUCAUUAAGGUAUUUGUUGUAUUUGUUCAUUUUUAACGAUGCAUAGAUUCUUAAGACUGAAGUUAGUUAUUUUCAUUAAAGCUGCUUUGGUUUUCACUUAUAGAUUAAUUCUUUGAGUGUAUUCAGGCGUAUCUGACUGGACGCCUUUAGUUAAUUGAAUUACAACCAGUCAGUGGUGUCAGUCGGACUGGAAAUAAGCGUUCUUUAAUUAGACUCGAUAAAUAUUUCCGUAUUACAUAAGUGCUCACAAAGUUAAAUAACUCGUAACCGUCCCGUGACCGGUUUACUUGCGUAAGCGUACGAGACCGCACUAACACAGUUGUUUAUAGUGAAACAUUGUGAAUACUUUUAGUCACAUUUUCAGUUCAAUCUGAAUGACACUUGCUGAUCAUCACACGUGGUGACAAUCUUUAUGAGCAGAAUAUUUUUAUACGCCCGUUUUUUCAAAACGGGACGUAUUAUAGUUUCACCCUUGGCAGUGGGCGUGCGGCGGGCGGGCGGCGUCCACAGCAGUGUCCACUCUCUAAUUCAAAUAGUUUUCAUCCCAUCUUCACCAAACUUGGUCAGAAGUUGUAUCUAGACAAUAUCUAGGUCAAGUUUGAAUGUGGGUCAUGCCGGAUUAAAAACUAGGUCAUGGGGUCACUUAGUGCAUUUUCAAGGAUUUAGCAUGGUGUCUGCUCUCUAAUUGAAGUAGUUUUCAUCCGAUCUUCACCAAAUUUGGUCAAAAGUUGUGUCUUAAUAAUAUCUAGGUCAACUUCAAAUAUGGGUCAUGCCGGGUCAAAAACUAGGUCACUUAGUGCAUUUCAAGCAUUUAGCAUGGUGUCCAAAACCUUCAAACGGGCGUAUCUUGUGACAGUUUGGCACUCUUGUUUGCUCAUGGUAAACUUUUGUGAUCACCAUUUGUCAAUUGUCUGUCUUCCGUUGUGCGUCAUGAAUAUUUGCCUGGUAAACACUGUAGAGGCCACAUUUAUUGUUGGAUCUUCAUGAAACUUUGUCAGAAGAUUUGUCCCAAUAACAUCUUGGACGAGUUCAAAAAUGGUUCCAGUCUGUUGAAAAACAAUUCCGCCAUGGGGCCAUUUGUUGUUCAUUCUUCAUGAAACUUGGUAAGAACAUUUGUUCUAAUGACAUUUUGGGCUGCAAAGAACAGGUCAUUUCUUUUUAUAUCAGGUGAGCGACUUUGGGCCUUUCAGGCUGUCACCAACAGUUUGAAGUAUUAGUUAUUAGGAAUUGCACUUGUCAGUAGGUCCGAAAUAUGUGCAGUUCACUGCAGAAACUACCUUGAUGUAUAACUGAAUACCGGUAUAUGCUAUAAUUGCAUCGGUGUCAAAUUGUACAUGUAGGUUUGUAUAAUUGUGCUAUUGUAAAUUAACCACUUGAACAUAAUGAACCAUUGUCUAUUUCAUCAAUACUAGUUACUGAUUGUAUAAUGUUGUUGGUAUGUUUGACUCGUUUUGGUUGUUAUACUUAAAUUUGUUGUUUUGGCCAUACUUGGACAAUUAGGUUCUAUUAUGUCUACUGGUAAGUGUCAUCAUUCCUGUUUGGCAGAAACAUUCUGUUUUACCCAAGAAACUCAUAUCGUUUAAAAGUCUUUCAAUAACAUGCAUACGUUUUCAUUCUUUGUUCUUCUUUGCCUUCUAAAGCGUAAUAACUGAAUGUUACUAAAUAAAAUAUGUCUAACAGACAAUUGUUUUCCUUACUUUGGACUUUUCCAGAGUCAAUCCAAAACCAAACAGUUGGACUGUCACAUGGGAUAAACAAUUUACCCAGUAAUACACCUAUUUUUUCUAUAUUUUUCACUUCAAUAAAAAAAUAUGAAUGUAUAAAUUAACACUUAAAGUUGUAUGCAUCAUGUUUAACCAGAUUAUUGCAUGUUCAUCCUAUGUUUAACAGUGUAUGUAAUGCUUAAAAUCCAGUGUGCACUUAAAGAACAACUCUUGAUGUCAAAGACACAGAUUCUGAAGACAAUUAGUUGAUCUUUAUGGGAAUUACUAAGAUUCACUCUCCUUAGGAAUGUUGCAAUAUCUACUAGACAUCAAUAAAUCAUCUAAAUAUA